AUGCAGUCUAUGCCACAGCUGCUUAGGCAAUCACUCCGGUCAAGCAUCCAACUCACAAGCACGUCCUCACCAGUGCGAGCGCACUUCCGCCCUGCAUUCUCCAUUAGCCCGACUCCGCGGAGCUUCUCCGCCUGCGUACAAUGUCAAUUCCGCCGACAGCCAGGCAUAUAUGCGGCGUUCAAUGACCGAGAGAAGUUCUCCACUGAUACCGAGAGGUUAAUCAAGGAAAAGGAGAAGGAACUGGCCGACCUGGAGCUCGCCUCGCGCGACCCGGUCCCGAUCCCGGGUGUGGAGGCGGGCAGUUCUCUCGAUUCGGUGCCUCCUGCCACAGAGACCGAUCAAACUACCGCACAACCACAACUACAAACAAAGGAGAAUGAAAAGGAGCAGUCGGUUUCACAGGACGAAGAUGCUAGCUCCGCUGACACGAGGAGCGGAGGCCUGCCCUCGUACUUGGAAAGCCGUCGGUCAAAAUGGUCCAAGCAGUUCACCACAGUGAUGGACAAUGUGCAAUCCAAUGUUUUCGUCGCGGGUCAGCGUUUAAAUGACCUGACUGGAUACUCCAGCAUCGAAGCUUUGAAGAACGAUAUCCAGUUCCACGAAACCCGACUCCGCACCGCACGAGCGAAGGUCAAGCAAGCGAAAGAAGAAUACGCCGCAGCGAUUAACCGCCGCUCAACCUCCCAACGCGAAGUAAACGAGCUCCUCCAACGCAAGCACGCCUGGUCCUCAACAGACCUGGAGCGAUUCACCCUCCUCUACCGCAACGACCACACAAACGAGGUCGCCGAGACCGAGACCUCACACACCCUAUCCGCGGCAGAGCGCGAAGCCGAAGAGUCAGCCGCGCAACUGAGCAAGAGCAUCCUCUCGCGAUACCACGAGGAGCAAGUCUGGUCCGACAAGAUCCGCCGCAUGUCGACAUGGGGAACCUGGGGCCUGAUGGGCGUGAACGUCCUGCUAUUCCUUGUCUUCCAGAUUCUCGUUGAGCCGUGGCGUCGGAAGCGACUCGUCAAGGGUUUCGAGGAUAAGGUCGUUGAAGCUUUGGAGAAAGACAAGGUCCAGAACCGGGCUAUUUUUGCUGAGAACGCUGUUUCGAUGUCGGCACUGCCGAAUACCACCACCCUCCCUGAGGUUAUUGAUUCUACCGACGAGAACUUAAUUGAGACUCCUCCUUCUCUUUUGAUUGAACCGAAGCUUGCUGCGACGGAGAUGGAUGCAUCCACUACGGGGUCUAUUGUCUCGGUGACCGAUGCUAAUGUCGCCCAGUCUCUCCAGACCCGUCUCUCGAACAUUACUUCGCCGGUUCUGUCAGUCGAGUACUGGAGGCAGGUGGCUAGCGAGUUCUUCAGCGAUCGCAGCAUUGCUGUCUCCCAAUACGAUCUCACUACUGCGGCUCUCCAAAGUGCAGCAGCUGGUGCAGCUGUGACGGGCCUACUCUUCGCCCUGAUCGGAUCUCGGUAA